AACCUUAAUAGCUAGUUAUUAAUUCAUUAUUAUUCCAAAAGAAUAAUAUGUAAUGUAUAAAAGUUAGAAAAUUAUAAGCAGCUAUUACAAUUAUGCUGAGAACAAAUUCUCAAGUGACUACUAUAGUCGCAUCGCUUCAAAUAUGGCUGAAACGUCAGUCACUGUGUAGUUCGUGUAGUGUGGUUGAUUACUGUGUGUCAUCUAACGAUUUAUGUCGUAUUAUUACGCAUCAUAUUAAAUGUUUCGCGUUUUAUUUGUACGAGCAUUCGAGAAGAAAGUUUGAGCAGUUCAGUGAAACUGCUGUCAUCACAUGCGGCGAGAUAAACGGAGAAAAAAUGGCACCAACGCGUGUUAUUCUUAUGUCUUGUGGCAGUUAUAACCCUCCAACCAAUAUGCAUUUAAGAAUGUUUGAGAUAGCCAGGGAUCAUUUACAUAGAAUGGGAACCCAUAUUGUGGUUGGUGGAGUUAUAUCACCAGUACACGAUGCAUAUGCUAAGAAAGAGCUUGCAAGUGCAACACACAGAUGUGCUAUGUUGAGACUAGCCUUACAGAACAGCGAUUGGAUUAGACUUAGCUCAUGGGAGACCAGACAGAAUGGUUGGACAAAGACUAGACUAAGUUUACAACACCAUCAGAACCUACUUAAUUCAGUGUUAUAUGAUGCAAACAAUAUUAAACAUAAUAUAUCACCAGAAGAUAUGGAAUGGAUACCCGAAAAUGUGAAGAACAGUCUAGAUCGUACACCCAUUCAAAUUAAACUACUGUGUGGAGCUGAUUUGUUAGAAAGUUUUGGAACUUAUGAUCUCUGGGCUGAAGAGGAUAUUGAUGCAAUUGUUGGAGAACAUGGUCUUGUAGUUAUUACCAGAGAGGGAUCUAAUCCUAAUAAAUUUAUAUACGAUUCAGAUAUUCUUUCCAAACAUAUGCACAAUAUAUACAUAGUAACUGAAUGGAUUCCAAACGAAGUUAGCUCAACUAGAAUAAGAAGGGCACUUAAGAGAGGUGAGAGUGUCAGAUAUCUCCUACAAGAUGCUGUGAUCGAUUAUGUUUACAAACACGGGAUUUACGAUGCAAAGACGUCGUCUUCGGCAAUUAAGUUGGAACUGACCUCGCCAAACGCGAAUAAUUACUUGACCAUUGAUUCGAAGUAUCAAAGCACCUUUCUAACGCCGUCGCCUAGCGACGUAACAAUGGAAUCCCCGAGUCCGAUCGAAAUUAUAUCCAUCGAUGUGCCUGACACGGUUCUCCGUAAGAAUAUCCAGAAUUCGACGAGCGUCGCGUGCGUCGCCUCGCGUCACGUCGGCCUCGAGGAGGCACGCGAGAAAUUCAUAAACGCCCUCGUGGCGGAGAACGGUAACGGGAAACACAUAACGACCGCGAAGGCCGCGUAUCCAGGUCUCGCGAAACAGAUCAUCGCCACCGAAACCGGCGAGUCGCAGAUCCUCGACGAGGUAGGUUUCGUUGACGAUGAUAGAAAGAUCAGGAAGGUGGUCAGGGUGCAGCCCCGAUCCAGUCAGCUGGAGGAGAUAUAUCCUAACCGUGUCGCCACCUCGUCGAAACACGAGGCUAAAUCGUUCGUCGACGUUGAUAGCGUUAAGCCUAGCGAGAACAAAGUUCGAACGUCUCUCGAGAACGAUAUCGAUGAUGUAGAAUUAAUUAAAGACAAGGAACGAGAUAAGAAAUCUUUGCUUUCGUCUUCGGUUGUUUCCAUCGCGUCAACCGUUGAUAACAGCGGACGACACGAGUGCGCCUUGUCCGAUUUCAGCGUAGACAAAGAGGAUUACAGGCUUACGCGAUACGGGCUGGAUGACACAGCCGAAGACGAGAACCAGGAAAAUCUUCUGUUAGAAAGAGAACGUUCGAACGAUGAUCGAUCGGUGAUUAAAAUGAUCCGUAAGGACGAACAGGUUGAUCGAAGGGAAAGCAUCAAGGAUGUCGAUCAGGAUAGCUUUCCUAACGAUACCGUUCGAUGUUCCAAUACACAGGUGUUAGUGUUAGUUAGCGCGAUGAUCCACAAUCCGUUUGAAAAAGAGGGCGGGUCGUUGAUCGUGGAGGAGAGCGGGGUACAGGGUAAGGGUGAGAUCACGAUAUACAAGGGUGAAUCGGAUGGUAGUAUCGAUAAGCUAAGCGUUCUGGUGCAAUCGCCUGCACCUUCAUCCCUCAGCGACGAGAGUACUGUUAAGAUACAAGAAAUAACCGAGGACUUCUCGGAGAAUACUAAAGAAGGUUCGGACGAUUCGUUGAUGAUCUCAUCCUCGAAACGAGACGUGAGUCUCGAGAUCGAUGGUAAAUACGUGAAGAGUGUGGUGAACGCUAGAAAGAGUCCUAGAAAGACGAAAAACGGCCAGAUGCGGGUGUACGAGAGCGAGGAGAGACUCGAGGAUGAUAGUAUAGAGAAGAAGAGCGCAGACUCUUGCCAGUCUGAACAGACUUUUUACAAGACGGUAUCCAAGUCUUCCUCGAGAACGAGGAGUCCCAGAAGUGAUGGGAGAUCCCGGUCAAAGGUGACCGGAGAGAUUCGCGAAUCCACGACGAUCAGCGAUGAGAAAUCGAAGAAGAUGAGACGAUACGACGCGACUCUCAAAGGAAGUCUCGAUUCGGUGAUAGUGUCCAACGAUUCGAGGACCGUGUCUAGAAGAAGAUCAAGAACCGAGGAGAUGUUCUCGAAGAAGUCGAAGAGUUACGAAUCCAUCAAGAAGAUGCAGGAGGUGUACGAGGAUCCUUCCAAGGCCGACAGCACCUCCCAACUCAUAACGACCAACGAGUUGGACAUGCAGGUCGACGAGUUCUGUUCCGUUUGCUGUUACGUCAACGAGAUGUCUUUGAGAACGGAGGAGGGAAUCUCCAGUCCCACUCACGACAAUUUUUACACCCUUCGUUCGAACUGCAGCUCCAUAGCCGACGAGGACUCGACCGAGUGCGAUAUCUGCAGCUCCUGGAACCUGCAGGAGUCCACCGAUGCCCUGGAUAGAAAGAACGACUGCGAUCAAUUGUGCGAAGUCUGCGAGAUAUGCAGCGAGAUAUGCGCCACUUUCAAUCCCGAACGAGAGACAAGGCUGCUCGAGUCUUCCACCAGGAGUCUUCCGAAAGACGCUUCCAGAAUCGCCGAUACAACCGUGACCGAGCCGUCGUUGGAGGAGGACUGUUUCGAGAUCGAGAACUGCGGCUUCCAAAACGGUCCCGGUUCCACGAGCGACCCUAUACGAGAUAACCCAUCGAGGUCUUUCAACUUGUCCGAUUCGUUUGUCGUGAAGAAAAAGCCGAGGGACAAGUAUUUCAUUCCGAAAGAUGAAAUAGCGAUCUUGUCCAGCGGUACCAGACGGAUGAAUCGAAAGGGUUCUCUGUUGAGGAAGAAACCGAUCGAAGAUCCAACGAAUGUUUCUCAGGAUAAGAGACGUUACUCUUCCGUUGAUAAUCUUCAAUUAGCAAAGGUGUCUUCUAGGAGCAACGACAAGGUUCUCAGGUCGAAGAACAGCAAGCUGAUCGCAUCUGCAGACAACAUACGUGCCUCGAGGAACUCCAGGAGAUGCAAGUCAUUGCAGAGAUCCGCGGACAAUGUGCGAUACGUAGAUUCUUCUACGGAUAAUUUGGAUUCGUUGGUUGAGAAUUUGGACAGAGAGGAUAUAUUGGAUUUCGAUGAUCACAGGGAGAAAUUGCAGGCAAGAGACAACGAAACUGUGAAGAUGAUACUGACUAAACACGGUAUCAAGAUCAUCAGCGAGAAAGAGACAGUUCUGUAAUCGAAGAAAACCGCUCAUUUAUUAUUACAUACGUAUAUUAUUCUAUCGUGACACAGUCUAGUUUGGAAACGUCGUGUUAGGUCACCUGCGAACUAUAGAAUGCAGACUUAUCGACUAUCUUGUGAUAAUUCUGACCGCUAACCUGUCCUCUUCGAGGGACACCAGAUUUUUCACGUUAUACAAUAGCUCUAGAAGAAAUACGUAUCUAUAUAUUAAUAUACAAUAUAUAUUUAUACUCAGGAAAACAGGUUAUUUUCCUGAGGGAAAUCAACGCCAAGAUAAAUCCUAAUCACAGAUUCUAUUUAAUUACAAAAUCGUUCACGCCGAAGAGUCUUCUUUGAAGAGUAUAAAAUCGAAGUGAGAUCUCGAAGGCGUAUUGUUAACGCACGUUGAUCGUCGUGGAUAGAAAAGAGUUAAAAAAGAAAAAAUGAUAUCUGUACACAAGAACCGCAGGCCUUUGCGAAUUUCUUUUUAGAAGAAAAUUAACGAACGAACUGAUCUAAAAGAAAAUCCUCUGCUGAUUGAUGUAAUUAACCAUCGAGUGCAUCGAUGAGAAAAAAAAAGAGAAAUUUUUACGCACCUCAAACAGCAGAUCAUCGAGACAAUCCUACAAAUUACGUGUCAAUAUUAUUACGAAAUGAAUCGUUUCGAUUAAUUAUAAAAAAAAAAAGGUUAUUGUACGAAGUACUCUGAUAAGUGAUAACCAUACGAUGGGCUACGAUACAUCGAUCGGCGAGAAUUGUCGCUUCCAAGGAUUAACCCGCUUUUCUCUUGUGUGUAAUCGCCGACAAAGAAAUGUCUCUCCAAUUGCGUCUGCCAAAACGAUGUUUCAUUGAGAUACGUGCCAAUUGUUUUUUGAUACCUUUGUAGAUCGUGUUUUUUACUCCUACGAACGGCAUAUCGGUGUACAUGUUCGCGUGGAUGAUCAGUAUUCAUUUUUGAAGAAUUUCAUCUGGAAUUGACGGGGGAAAUGUUCCUUGACAUUGUCACUUGAACCGUUCCGCGAGAAGGGACGUUUUCUUAUUUUUACAAUGGAAAAUAAAAAAUUUCAGAUAGUUGAUUUUUUGGGAGGGGUGUCUAAGACCGAUAGGAAAUUUUUCAUUUUCCAGUGUAACAAUAAGAAAAUACAAUCACGGUUCGAUUUGUCUUUCCUUUUUGUAUCUUUGUAUCCUAUUGCACGGUGUCAUGCGCCUUUCUCUUUCUCUUUGUCAUGAAUUUCGCUUGAGAAAUCCUUAUGGCGAAUCAUUGUUCCCACGGUGAACCUCCACUGCAUCUAACUGUGAUGAAAUAGUUUAUCUUUUCUUUUUUUUUGAUCUAGAUUUCUUUUUUUAAAGAUAUUGCUCAAAUUGAUUCGAUGAAAUUGUAAUGCUUAGGUGCAAUGGAAAGGGUAAUAUUAUUAUUUGAAGUUAUGGCUGAGCUUCUUAGGCGUACCUGUGUUUGAUAGUGCCUAAUUAAUUAUAUUAUUCUGCCUCAGCAAUCGUGCCUCUUGGUGAACCAUUGUCGGCGAGCAUCGUGUUUGCAAAUCAUUUUGCGAACUAUUUUAUUUUUUAUUUUUAUUUUUAACACACCCCCUUAUGCCACUUGUGUUUUUUGUUAACCAAUAGACUGGCGAAAGUGUUGAUUAUUUUCCAUACUUAAUUAAUUUAUUUCUUCCAAUUGAAGAUAGAUAUAUAUUUAAUAUUGAUUGUUGUAGUGUUAAAUAAAAAUGGCCUUUGCCAGUCUGUGGGUUAAUUUCGAAAAAGCAAAUCUAAUUUAUACACAACCCUUUGUUAUUUGUAUGGUAACGUAGCUAGACGAGGGUGGCGAGAAAAAAAAUGCUCAAGCUGACGGUAAUUAACUGUUUAACCCUUUGAGGGCGCGAUAUUCAUGAAUUGAAUUGAAAGAUACGAAUUCAAUUGAUGUAUUUUUGAGAAGAUCGUAAUUUAUUUAUUUUUCUUACGACGAGGUGAAAAUCAAAGUACUACCUGGACAUAUGCCGGCCUUCGACCGCAAAGGGUUAAUUUAAAAAAAAAAAAUAAUAAUAAUUGUGCGAGUGAAGAAACGGCCUUAGGCUGCCCUUGUAUCUUGUUUCUUGACCGACUUCCGCUUCUCUUUUUCUAUUCCUGUAUCUUCGUUUCUUUGUGUCUGUAUUUUGAAUGAUCUCGCGAGACACGUGAAACGUGUUUGGCCAACGCGACUUCUAUCAUGCAAUCGCUACGUCGAAUGAAAGUUAAAUAUUUGCAAAAGCUCCACGUGUUCGGAUCAAAUCCGUACCACCUAGUGUGCUUGAAAAUUGAAGAAAGAGAUUAAUACCUUAGAAUAGACAUGCCACACGGGCAGACCUUGAUAUUUUUAAGCGACUAACGAAAGUAUUAUAUAUCAGUAUUAUUAUAAAUCCAUAUUUAUUAUAGUGCAAUUUUAAAUUAAAUCAUUACCGCGACACAGUAAUUAAAUAUGUUGGAAAAUUAUGACAACUUAUACAUUUUUUAAGGUCUAAAAGGAGGAAAUUAUAAUACAGUGCCAAAGUUGAUGAUCUCUUUCUCAAUUUGAACACGAACAAAAAAUUAGUUUUGGGGUAUUAUUGAAAAAUAUAAUUAAUUUUGAAGGACACGUGGCUCGAUAGAUAGCGUGAUAGAAGUCGAUGCGUGGUUCGGUUCUGAUGGAGCAUGUGAUAUGUGUU